CGUGACGUCAACGUCACCCGUCACGUCAUCACUUGAUCAAUAUGGCCGCGACGGAGAUUUUAGAAGAGCUCGCCAAUAGAAUAAUGGAUUUAGAUUACAUUAUAGAGGAGAAUCAUGACAAGAAUGUAUCAGUAACCACUGAAGACACAUACGCCUUCGUAGAAGUAAAAAGAAUUAAAAUACCAAAAAGAAGACGGGACAGUGACGUGAAACGUUUUAAGGACUGGCUAGGCCGUGAAGACCAAGAACAAAACUUUGAAGAGAUGCCACCAAAGGAGCUUGACAUGAAUAUAGCUCGAUACUACAUGAGUGUAAAGCAUAACACGACCAAUAAGGAUCUUGAAUCAUGGACUCUGAAAGGAAUGCAUUGCAGUAUUAAGAGAUAUCUCAGUGAUAAGGACUUCCCCCAUGAUAUCAUGACAGAUAAACUGUUCAAUAUGUCCAGGGAGAUGCUUAGAGACAAAGGUGUCGACCUGAAGGAGAAGGGCCUCGGUAAUCGGGCGAAGAGGGCUGAUCCUUUCACUAGGGAUGAGAUACAGAUGAUCUACCAGAAACAACUUCUUGGAUCAGAUUCUGAACAAUCGCUUAUCAAUGUUAUUUGGCUCAAUACUACCAUGCAUUUCGGGUAGAGGGGACGCCAAGAACAUAUAAAUAUGUUGUUGGGUGAUUUGGACAUGGGCAACUUGAAAGAUGGAACUAGAUACGUGUCCUACACGGAGAGAGCAACAAAGACUAGGAAAGGCAUCAACACAGAUCCCAGGAUGUUCAAACCAAAAAUGUUUGAAAAACCAGAACACCUACAUCGGCGGAUGGAGCUACAACGACAAUCAUACUGAUUGCGAAUACGACCAUUAUGAUGGCCCGGAGGACGUUGAUAAAUACGCGAUAAUGUCGAAAAAGUGCUUCAACAUGAUGCACAAGGCAUUCCAGAGGUGUUGCCUCAUUUUGACAUCGAAGGUCGAACAAGGUGUUGUACCAUUGUUGAAGACACACUGCGAUUUUGUGGUUGCUCCAACUUUUCCAGCCCGUUGUAUUGGAUUCGGGCUUGUAGUUUUUUUUCACAAGAGGUUUUCCGUCCUUAUCGGUUAUGAAGUUCCAUACAGGACACAACAACAUGAGCACUUAUUGUAGGGUUGAAUGGAAGUAUUUAAAAAAAAUAUUUUCUAUAUAUGGUGGCCAUCUUAAAUAUUUCGGCCAUUUUCAUAAAAACAAGAGAUGUGCUCGUCAGAAACACAAUGCCCCCAACUGCGCCGCUUUGAAGCCAUAUAUUUGACCUUGAAGGAUGACCUUGACCUUUCACCACUCAAAAUAUGCAGCUCCAUGAGAUACACAUGCAUGCCAAAUAUCAAGUUGCUAUCUUCAAUAUUGCAAAAGUUGACCUUUGACCUUGAAGAAUGACCUUGACCUUUCACUUCUCAAAAUGUGCAGCUCCAUGAGGUACACAUGCAUGCAAAAUAUCAAGUUGCUUUCUUCAUUAUUGCAAAAGUUAUGGGCAAUGUUAAAGUUUUCGGACGGACGGACAAAAUGACUGACUGACGGACAGUUCAACAGCUAUAUGCCACCCUACCAGGUACAUAAAAACGGGUUCCUUUCAUUUUUAAGAUAUUUACACCUAUAUCUCACUUUCUGCCAAAUUUCAUGCUUUUUCAACAAAUGGCACGAUUAUAACACCAUAUGGCUUGACUAUUAAGAAGGAGCAAAGGUUAAUUACAAUUCUGAGCUAUUCAUAUAAAUGGUUAAUUCUGUUCACAACCGAUAAUUUGAGUUCAAUGACUAGUCAAUAUGCAAUGUGCUUGUUAUGCUGAAAAUUGAUUUUUCUCAUAACUGACAAAUAUAAGGCGUCUGAAUGAAACUUAAAGAGGGGUUAUUAAAUUCAUUAAAUUAGCAAUGUGUGAAUUUAAUUUGUAUUUUAGUUCGAGGUACAGUAAUGCCGGAUAUUACUCAGAUUGCUGCCGUGCAUUUGAAGACAGGUUUUAAGUUGUCGACGUAUGUGAACUUAACGGAAGACAACAAGUGCCAAUUUCUUCCGAAACUCAGAAAGUGACUGGCAUCUCUGUUGAUGAUCAUGGCAACAUGCGUGUAAAUGGUGGAAGUGUUGAUAGUGUCUCAAGUAAAACUUCUCUAAUUGAUUGUAUGCAGUGGCUUGCAAAGUUUCCUGGAGCCAUUUUUGUUGUUUAUAAUGGGCGUAGGUUUGAUUUUCCGGUUUUGGUUAGUGCAUUGCUGAACACAACACUGUUUUGAAACGUUUUUUAAUUGUGUAAGCAGUUUAGUUGACUCUUUGCCGGUUUUCAAAAAUUGUAUCCUGGACAGUCACACAAACAGGAAGAUCUAGCGAACGUGUUCUCCAGCAACGCCCACGAUGUCCUUGAUGAUGUUGAAGCACUGGGAUCUUUGUUUAAAACAUGUAAAACUACUGACAAUAUGGUCCACAUCUUUACUGUGACUGCAAUCCAUAAUUCAGUUCGUUUAAGUCAUGAAAAGGCAAAGAACAUUUAAUUGUUAGACGUGCUGUUGCAUAGACCAACUCUAAAGCGACAAACAGCUGAAAAUAUUGCAGGAUCUAAACUGGCCUUGUGUCAUUUGAAAGCCAAAUUUUCAUGUUCCGGAGAGGAUGGCCUUAGGGAUACAUUGCAAAAAACAAUGAGGGACUACCGAAAGUCACAAACCCCACAAAAUAUUUUAUCUGAGGUGGUCUCUAAAAUUGGUCAGUUUUUCAGUGACGAAAGGUUACGGAACGAAAAAAUAUGACUUUCAAAUGACACACGGCCAGUCAAAAUUACGCAAUGGCUUUAUACUGAUGUUACAUUAUGAACAUCUAGUUGGCACUGGCUGUUUUUAUUAAAAUAUAUGUUGUAUAUGAUUGUGCUACAUGUAAGUAACAUUAUAAAUUAAACAACUUAAUGCUA